AUGGAGAUGGGCAAGGUUGAACCAAACAUACCACUUGAGAAUGGAAGGCGUAACAUAGCACAAUCAAUGGAGCCUUCUCUUGUUAGUGGUAGCACAGAUCGCCAUGGAAUGGAUCUAGAAGAAGCACAGGCCCAGCCCAGAAAAAAUGGUCCAGCAGGCAGCCCAUCUAAGAAUCGGCGACUGACCCAGCCUCCCGCACGCUCGCACGCGCACGAAGCACAUCAGGCGCACGAGCAGCGACCACCCAAUAACCUAGCCGCCGGCCGCCAGACGCCACCUCCUAGUCCGGCGCCGCCUCCCCGCCUCCUCGCCGUCGCUGCGUCCUCGCCGAGCGCCGCCUCCCCGCCCAACGCCGUCAUCAGCCGAGCGCCCGAGCCUGCACGAGGGACGGGGCCACGGGGGGAGCCGGGCUGCACCUGCCGGGGAGCUCGUCGCCCACGACGCCCAGGGCUCUCUGCAGGCAAUUUCAGGGAGUUCUUGGAUUGGUACAAAGACAAGAAUAAAGAUGUGAAAGAUGCAUUUGAAAAUGGGCAAGGUAAUGCACUUAUGAUAUGUUCACGGAUUCGAAAGGACCUUGCUACAUGUUGUGCUUUGGAGGUAACCAAAGUCAUCAAGAAUGAGCUUGGAGAUAAGAAUUUUGCGAUACUUGUUGACGAGGCUAGAGAUUGCUUAAUAAAGGAGCAAAUGGCAAUAAUUUUGAGAUUUUUGGAUGAUAAUGGGGAGCUUCAGGAGAGAUUUCUUGCUAUUAAGCACAUCACAGAUUGCACAUCUGCCGGAAUUAAAGAAGCAUUGUUUCAUGUCUUAAAGUACCAUGGCUUGUCUAUUAAUAGGCUACGUGGACAGGGUUAUGAUGGGGCUUCAAACAUGAGAGGAGAAUUCAAUGGUUUGCAAAAGCUAAUUCGUGAUGAGAGUCCAUAUGCUUUCUAUGUUCACUGUUUUGCCCAUCAGUUGCAACUAGUGGUUGUCACAGUGGCUCAAUGUUGUCUGGUUAUUGCUGAUUUUUUCAACUCUCUUCCCUUGAUAGUGACUCAGGUGGGUUCAUCCUGCAAAAGAAAAGACGCAUUGCUUGCAAAGCAUCAAGAUGACUUGAUAGAGAUGAUGGAGAAUUGUAAGAUAUCAUCUGGAACUGGUUUACAUCAAGAAACUAACCUAGCUAGACCAGGAGCUACUCGUUGCGGCUCACAUCUUAGAACCUUGCUUCGUGUUUACACAAUGUGGAAUGCAGUGGUGGAUGUGCUUGCAAUUGUGAUUGAGGAUUCCCGGGAACACACUUCUCAAGGUGGAGCUUCAGGUUUGUUGGUACAGAUGGAAUGCUUCCAAUUUGUGUUCAUCAUGAUAUUCUUAAUAAACUUGUUGAACAUCACAAAUAUGCUAUCACAAGCUUUGCAAAGGAAGAAUCAAGAUGUUGUUGAAGCCAUGCGUUUGAUCUUGGAUGUGAAAGAAGCUUUGCAAACUAUGAGGGACAAUGGGUAUGAGCCAUUAUGCAAGCAAGCAAAACACUUUUGUGAGGAACAUGGCAUUGACGUGCCAAAUAUGGAUGAUCUUGUUGGAGCUAUGGGGCAAUCUGCUCGAAGCAAGAAUAAGGUGACUCGAGAUCAUUAUUUCAGGGUGAGCAUAUUCAGUGUUGCGAUUGAUGCAACUCUCACUGAGAUGAACCACCGAUUCAAUGAAGUUAACACCGAUUUAGUGGAUUGCAUGUCUUGUCUUAAUCCAGCUAACAACUUCUCAAAGUUUAAUGAUGAGAAACUUAUUCGGCUUGCUGAAAUUUAUGUUGAAGAUUUUACACAAGUUGAAUGGUUGUUGCUAAGAUACGAGCUUCCAACAUUCCUUACAAAUAUUAGGAGAAGUGAGGAAUUUGAUGGAUGUCCGGAUAUUUCUACUCUUGCUCGUUUGAUGGUUCAAACAAUGAAACAUAGAAAUUUCCAAUUGGUAUAUCGCCUUAUUGAGUUGACAUUGAUUCUUCCAGUGGCAACUUCGUCGGUCGAGCGAAUAUUUUCAGCAAUGAAGGUCAUCAAAACAGAUUUGCGCAAUAAGAUAUCAGACGAUUGGCUCAAUGAUUUAAUGGUAUGCUACUGUGAGAAAAGGAUGUUCAAAAGUAUUCCAGAUGAUCAAAUUAUGAUACGAUUUCAGAAAAAGAAAAAUCGCAAAGGACAUUUGCCUCCUGAGUAUGAUGUUAUUUCUUAGAGAUGGCUUGCAGUUUGUCACUUGCAUUUUGGUGUGGAGGAGUUCUACAACUACAAUAUUGUUAGUAAGAAGCAACACCGGUAUCUUGUCUUUGCCUUAUUAUGGUUGAUUCUCUAGUACUUGAUGUAUUGGUGUGCAGAUGGUAUGAAACUUUGCUGUUGUUCAAUAAUGCUACUAGUAUUUG